UGUAGUGGCAAGCGGCAAAGGAGCUCCGAUGAAGAUCCAGCAAAUAAUAUUAGGCGACAACCGGUGAUUGGUCAAUAAGGCCAACAAAGGAAAGCCGGUUAUUCCGAACGCCGAUAACUUUUUACUGUGCCUAGUAGUGACAGUAGUUAACUCCGUAGGUACAUGUGACUACAGUACAAUAACAGUAUAUUACCAAAGUACUCUUCAGCAACAGGACUGUACAAACUAAGAUGCGACGAUGGUGGGCGCUGUGGUUCGUCUUUUUGGCUGGUGGGAUAGGGAAGGAGGAAGUAAAAGGAAGGAAGCACUCACUACGACUACAGAGUACCAAUUGAAUAGAUUAGUAUACUCUAUAACAUAACGAAUAGCUUCAUCUGUUGACGAAACACACAACUCUCCAAGGCACCUGUCUUACUCUACUCUAACUUGGCUGUUCGCGGGGCAUUUUAUUACUGCGGCGCCAGGUCACUCAAAGCUCAGCCGCACAGCCGCACAGCCACGACGGUAGAUGGAGCAAUCCUCGUCAUCGCCCCUCGGCAGUCAUUAAAGACCUCACAUCUCGCAUUAUUAUUCGCACCACUUGGGCCAUUUCAAUCGUUGCGCUUCAUACCGCACAACGAUUUUGCUGUAUUGUACAUACCCAGCACUAAUAUCUGCCCCUGUGGCAGACACCACCCGACGACAUGAGUUUCAAGGGCUUCCAGAAGAGCGUCAUCAGGGCGCCGCAGGUGUUCAAGCAGAGGCUUAAUCUUGGGGAACAGACCAAGGACCCGAUAUUCAUAGACGCAGAACGCCGUUUUCAGGAGCUCGAGGAGCAGACAAAGAGGCUCCAUGAGGAGUCCCGCAAGUACACGAAUGCCGUCAAUGGCAUGCUCACCCAUCAGAUCAAUUUCUCGCAGGCCAUAGCAGAGAUCUACAAACCUAUAUCCGGUCGAGUAUCGGAUCCGGACUCGAUCGUCCCGGAGGGCAACCCGGAAGGCAUUCAAGCGUGCGAGGAAUAUGAAGCUAUCGUCAAGGAGCUCCAAGUUACCUUGGAACCGGAGUUGCAGAUGGUCGAAAGUCGUAUCGUCCACCCCGCUGAAGAACUCAUGAUUGUAGUCAAGCAGAUUCGCAAGGGCGUCCUCAAGCGUGAGCACAAGCAGCUCGACUUCGACCGCCACCGCGCCACACUCAAGAAGCUCCAGGACAAAAAGGACAAGUCCAUGAAGGACGAGAAGGCGAUGUACAAGGCAGAGAAUGAGGUCGAGCAAGCGACGCAGGAGUUCAACUACUUCAACAAUCUCCUCAAGGAGGAGCUCCCCAAACUGUUCCGCCUCGAGCGGGAGUUCAUCAUCCCUCUAUUCCAAUCCUUCUACUACAUGCAGCUCAACAUCUUCUACACCCUCCAUGAGCGCAUGCAGGGCUGCGACAUCGGCUACUUCAACCUUACCCUCGGCAUCGAGGAGGCCUUUGAGGCCAAGCGCGGCGAAAUUCAGCAAGCAGCCGAAGCCCUCUCCAUAGCAAAAUUCCGCACUCGGGGCGCAAAAAGACCCCCGAAGUACGGCCCAGGCGCCGCCGCCGGCCGUCUCGGAAUUGAGAGCGACACCAGUCAGCUCGCCAUCGAAGACAAGCCCGGCAGCUCAUCCGCCUCACCGUAUCAGGCGCCUACCUCGCCCUCACCGGGACCGACACGCACGUCCUUCUCCGACGCCCCCCCACCAGCAUACAACACCGUCGGCGCCUCGUCAUCACUCGCCCCGCACGGCGAUACCAAGAGCGGCAUCGGCCGGGCGAACUCAACAGGUGCGAACUGGGGCGCCGCAGCGAAGGCAAAGGGCGCCGCGCCGCCGCCGCCAAAGCCGAAACCGAGUCGCUUCAGCGAAGUGCCAGUCGCGGAGACGGUGACGGCGCUGUAUGACUACGAGGCACAGGCGGAGGGGGAUCUGAGUUUUGCCACGGGGGAUGUGAUCGAGAUUAUUCACAGGACGCAGAAUGACAAUGAAUGGUGGACGGGGAGAGUUGGUUCGAAGGAGGGGCAAUUUCCUGGAAACUACGUACAACUAAACAAGUAAUAACCGGGCGUCGCUCACACACCCCUCUCGACAAGCCUGUGCGACCCCGCUGGGUAGCAGCGGCACGCCCCAAGACGAGAGAUAUCGAGGACCCAUGCUCAGGCUUGUGCGGGCCGGUGCCGCGCGACAGGCCCGAGGAAGGAGGUGGGGGUGUAACACGGGGCUGCGCCGUAGAUCCCGCGCGCUUGGCAGGUCAGGACAUAGGAGGGCGGAGUUAGUUAGGGUGAAGAUUGGGGAGGGGUUGUUGGUUAUGCAGCUUUCUCGGUGUGCGGCCUCCUAGUAAAGUGCAAUCUCAAAAGGUGUUGUGGGCAUGGAUUGGAGGGUGGGAGGGGAGUGGCAUCAAAGCAUGCGGUAUACACAGAUAGAUGAGCCGCCGGGGUAGAUUAGGAUAGACGACGGCGCGGGGGUGUUAUAGAAGGCAGAGCAGACAGCGUAUUGUCAAUACUAAUGGAGUAUUUACUUACCCACCG